AUGACGAAUGGCUCCGACUGGCUGGGCAACGACUUUUUCAUGGACACCCCGACCAUUACGUUCAUCAACGUACCAUCCGGCCCUCGAAUGCCCGACAUUGCUCUUCAAACCAGCAGGCUCACCAAACCGGAGAACGCCUUUGCUUCAUUGACAACACUAAAUUCGCGCCUACGUGCGGUGCAUGAGUCGCUUCAUCACUCCAGUCCGUUGGAGGACUACGUCUACGCUAUAACCUAUACGUUCGAUGGGCGCACACAAAAUGCCAUACAGACCAUGCUGUCGUCUCUACAGGCGUUCACCCAGAUCAUACGGACCGUUGCGAAACAGUCCAUGCUGAACUCAUGUCUGCCGCCAGGGUACCAACAGAAUCACACAAAUCACGCGACGCUUCUCCUGAUCGUGUCCUGUCUCUCGCAGAUCCUCCUGUAUUUUGAGCGGACCUACACCGCGCUCAACGCGCAUCUUGACAAUUUCAUGGUUCCAGUUCCACCGCCAUCUGAUGAGACAAGCUUUGCGCACGUCCCCGUGCAAAACUUUGCGUCACAGUGUGGCAUGUUCAACGGGUUGACAAGGAACUUGCUCAAGCAAAUGCUGGUCGACCUCGGCAUGCCCGGGCCAGGCACGUCGCUGACGGGACCAUUCAGACUAGGGUUAUGUGAUAUGGAUGACCGCCUCAAAGACAUGGUCAAUGCUGAGCUCGGUCAUGUUGAGGACGAUUGGUCCGUCAGACCACGGUCGGUGCUAGAGCUGUUGGAUUUGGCUGACGAUCUCGUGCUCACGCGGGCUAUGGAGGAUGGAUGGCAGUAA